AUGUCAUCCAUCAUGCCGUCGAUCGGCGGGAUCCCGCUCAAGUACAUCUCCCUCAUCGUCCUCGCCGUCCAAAACUCAUGCCUCAUCAUCGUCAUGGCCCUUGCCCAGGGCCCCGGUCGCAAAGUCUUUUACUCCUCCACAGCCGUUUUCAUCAACGAAAUCGUCAAGCUGAUCGUCUGCACAAUCAUGACCAUCCGUGAGACCAUCAAGGACACCGGCCGCUUCUACCCUCAGGACUUUCUCAACGACGUCUUUGGUGGCGACGCCUGGAAGCUUGCCGUCCCCGCCAUGCUCUACGCCAUCCAGAACAACCUCCAGUACGUCGCCUCCCAUGCGCUCGACCCUUCGACCUUCCAGGUGACCUACCAGCUCAAGAUCCUUACUACCGCCCUCUUCUCAGUCAUCCUCCUCCACCGGUCCCUGCCUCUCCUUAAGUGGGCCUCGCUGGUCAUGCUUACCGCAGGAAUCGCCCUCGUCUCGCUGGAAGAGUCGAACCACAGGAACGGACAUGCAGUCAAGCCCGACCCCAUUGACCCUACCUCGGCUCUCGGUGAAUUGCUUGAUGCACAAAAGGGCGGUGCCGUUGCCGUUGCAGAGGUAGCGCCUUUGAGCGAUCGUCCCGAGUUUGUUGUUGGUUUGAUGGCGGUCUUGAUUGCCUGUAUCCUCUCUGGUCUUGCUGGAGUCUACUUUGAAAAGAUCUUGAAGAACACUCAAGAAUCCAUCUGGCUCAGGAAUAUCCAGCUCUCGUUCUUUUCGCUGCCCUUUUCUUUGCUCGCAGUCUACCUCAAGGAUGGCGAGGGCGUCACGGAGCAGGGAUUCUUUGCAGGAUACGACAUGCUAGUCAUCACCGCCAUUGCCUGCCAGUCGGCAGGAGGUCUCAUUGUCGCUGUUGUCGUCAAGUACGCCGAUAAUAUCUUGAAGGGCUUUGCGACGAGUAUCUCGAUUGUGAUCAGUGCGAUUGCCAGUGUGGCGCUCUUUGGAUCCCAGAUUGGUACUAUUUUCAUCCUUGGCACCGUCCUCGUCCUCGGCGCCACCUACAUGUACUCUCUCCCUGACAGGCCUGUCGUCAAGUAA